GUUUUAUUUGUUUGCAGUUUUUACAUAUGCGUAUGUCAAUGUACAUUGUGAUUUCUUAAUAAUUUAUGUGGAACGAUUAAUUAAUUAAAUAUUAAAAUUAUGGCAUGUUACGAAAUUCCUUGACCCAUUAGACCUUCUGGAAAAUAGCGUCGGGCACAUUAGAAUAUUUUGUCAAAAUGACGUCACUGAUCUUUAAAUGGAAUUUGGCACCUGGGCACAUCUCACGUCUAUUGAAAGGAUGGAAGUUUGUUGGCCAAAUAUUUUUGGAAAGUGAUAAAGUUCAUAGGAAGAUCAACUGUUAUUUGUGGUGUAUUUUACCACAACAGUUGGAGGUAACAAAAAAACAUGGCAAACUUUGAAAUUAAUUAUACCUACCUAUCCAGCAAUUGUAACAUAAAGGUGGAAUUUUAAAACAAUGUGGCAAACAGAAGAUUAUUUUUACAGCUGAACAAAUUUCCUGUUUUGUGCAGAAAAGCAAAUUUUGCGCACGGGAUGUCGAAUGGCAGUGUAGCAAUGAUGUCCGCCCGGCCUGCAGGCUACAGGCUGCCCGGCAGCAGUUCUCCCUACAGCUCGCUGUCCCAGAGCUAUGGGAGCUCCUACGAUACUUCCUGGAAGAACUAUGGAUCAUCCUACACUCGGCCUUCGUUAUCUCGCACGUCUUCCUACAUUGCAGACUACAAGCCCAGCUACUCAUCUAUGUCCAGAACUUCAUCUGUGCCUCUUUCCAAUCAAACUAGUUCAUUAGCACACAAUUAUAGUUCCAAAUAUUUACAUUCUUCAACAUUGGCAAGAGAAAGACGUGAAGGAAGCGAAUCAGCUAAUUAUAACACCUCCAAACUUGUGAAACAAUCAAAAACUACUCCAGAGAGUGCUCUUAAUGGCUACUCUAAGUAUCUAGCCAGUAGGCACUCUAACUUAACAUAUCCUGCCUAUGUAAAAGAUACUUCUAGAUAUUCAUCAAAAGUUAACAAAUACGGCUUGAAUACUCUACCUCUGACGACAAAUUAUGGAAAGACAACUCUGCGUUCUUCGUCUUCAAACCAACUGGAAAGGCUGACUCCAAGAAGAACUAGUGUAACGACCUCACAGAAUCGUUAUUCCAAUCUUGAUUCUUUGUCGGAAUACUACGACAAAAGUUUGUCGUUCAGUUUGGACAGUUCCGCUUCACGAAAAGCUGUGGAAGGGAGGUUUUCACCGUUGACCUCAGUGGAUGACCUACGCAGUGCCCGGACAUUCUCGCCCUUUAAAGAGAUCAGUGUGCGUCAGAAACAUGAUUCGCCAGCGAUGCUAGAGCAAACAGGAAAAGGGUUGAAAGGAUUAUUAAACAUCGGCAAUACAUGCUACAUGGCGUCUGUUAUACAGUGUCUGAGUAGUACCAAGAAACUAAUUAACUACAUACUAAAAGAAGAUUAUAUAUCCGAGUUAAAUUAUUCAUCACCCAUGAAAGGAGAUCUCAUGAAAGCCUUCAGCAAACUCAUCCACGAGCUGUGGCGGGAGGUGGGCUCUCAGGCGUCCGUCAAUCCAGCUGAGUUCAAAUCGGUGUUUGUGCGCUUUGCGCCGUGCUUCAAGGGAAGCAGCGAAGAGGAUGCCCAGGAAUGUCUGCGCUACCUGCUGGCAGGACUGCACGAGGAUGUGAACCGUGCCAAAGCCAAACCCUUCAGAACACUGCUAAGCAGCGAAGACAAGCUCAGUGGCUUGAACACCGCAGCAUCAGCAUGGAACGCCUACCUGCAAGUUGACAACAGCAAAAUAGUGGAUCUGUUCGUCGGCCAACUGGAGUCCAUGCUGACAUGCAUGACAUGUGGUCACCAUUCUGUGACCUACGACCCCUUUUGGGACCUGUCGCUGCCGAUACCCAAGAAAAUGGCCAAGGUGACUGUGAAACAGUGCCUAGACCUCUUCACCAGUGAAGAAAUUAUGGACGGUAAGGAAAAACCGGAAUGCUCAGUAUGUAAGAAGAAUCAGAAGAGUACAAAGAAGUUUCUCAUCAAAAAAUUUCCGCAAGUAUUAGUUUUGCACCUGAAGAGGUUCCUGGUGAACUCGGAAAAUAACCAGCGAGCCAAACUAACCACUAAAGUGGAUUAUAAAGUCCAAAACCUGGAAAUGAAGGAGUAUUCUGCCAGCAGCAGCAGCAGCAGCAACUGCUGCUAUGACUUGUACGCCAUCGUCACUCACCAUGGCAGAGUCAACUCCGGCCACUACGUUGCCUACUGCCAGCACCCUUUCUCGGAGCAGUGGCACAGCUUCAAUGACACCAGGGUGAACCACCUGCCCCUGGAGAAACUUGUGACAGAAGAUGCGUAUCUGCUAUUUUACCAACUCAAGAAAUGAGAAGAUAAACCAAUUUUAGUUCCUAAUUUUUCCUUUAAGAACAAACUUCUAAUGUCUUAUAUACUUAUAAAUUUUUUGAGAAUUUUUAUGAAUGGACAUUUUAACUCUUCGAUGGGGGAACAUGCAUGAACACUAAGAGUGUUAAAAAAUAGGUCUGAUUAAAAUAAGGCCCACACUAUAACAUACAGAGGUCGGGUUGAGAAUGCUUUGUGAUUGGCUUGACGUCACCAGGCAAGACUUGCUUGACGGGCACAUACUUUCUCCUCCCAUGCUACAGAGAUUUGGUUUUGUGGGAGAGACAGAACUAUCUAUAAUGGUUUGUAUGUGUUUGUCAUGUAGAGCGUAGGUUGUUGAAUGGUGGCCGUAGUGCACAAAUUUCCACCGUGUACAGAACCAGUGAGCAUACAUAACCUUCACAGUAGUAAAAGCUUUUUCCAAGUUAAAAAUACUUUUAUUACCUAACAAUUAAUUAUAAUUAUGUCUAAAAAAAUUGUUGACAAAUGCUUUUUCAGUGUGUGAUUUUUAAAAGUCUCUUGUGUGACACUUGUGGAUGUAAAUAUCUUUACUUAAUUGUUAGUUGUUAGAUAGACGCUGCAUAAAAAUAUGUUGAAGUGCACAAUGUUAUUGCUUUAAUUAUGCCUAUAUGUACUAUCUAAAACAUUCUUUUUUUUUUCUAAAACAAACCUUUAGGCUUAAAACUAGUAUCUUUAUUCAUUCAUAGCCCUAGGCCACUUCUGUUAAAUUUAUAUUUAUUUUCACUUUUGAAGCAUACAUAUUCAUAAAUAAACGCCUACUUGUGUUGAAAAUCCUAGCAUCAAAACUAUUUAUACAGCAAUAACAUACUGGUUGUGGAAAAGACCACCACUUAGUUCCUACACACACUGUUUCUAAAUUUUCCAGCAUUGUGAGAAAAACCUAACUUUAAAGGGUUUUGAAUGUAUUUUACGUACAUACAUAUUUGACACAUGAUACUGAGGGUUUCGUUUUGGUACAAUGAUGACUAAUGUUUUUUGCCGCUCGUGCUGUGGCUGCCUUACAAGACUGAUAAAGGAUGGGCUCUCGUAGGAUGUUUCAGGUGGCCUUUUAAAAUUUAAGAUUUUUUUGUCAAAAAUACUUAUCUCUAAGACUAAAGUAAUAAGUAACUAAAACAAGUUGUAGAAUUGAAUAAGAUCAAACAGGACUGUGCAUGUUCCCUCAUCAUUGUAUUGCAGGUAUGUCAUUACUGUAUGUAGCACUUGCUGUCAAAUGUAGCUAGCACACACUGCUAGCAAAGAGAAAGUUGAUAUUGAAUAAGAAAUUUCAUCACAGUGUCAAAAUGUUAAACAUUCUGGGUAAAGAUUACUGAAUUGCACGAUUUAUUUUUAUUCACACUGGAAAAUGAGCCUGUUUUUCAAUGCACAAUAACAUUAACAAUAAUUAGUAUAAGCGAGACUUACUUUACCUAGAUACCUCGAUAUCUGUCUAAUAGUAUUGAGUAUGGAUCUAAACCUUCUAUGUUAAGGUUGAAAACAGAAUUAAGAAAAGAGUAUUAAAAUCCACUGUCACAACUCUUAAAUGUUUACAACAGUAGAAUCUGAAUCUUACUACAAAAUAAAGUGGCCUAUUAACAAUCCAAACAUGAAAAUAAUAAGAUGUUAGUUUCAUAUUUUAUUUUUAGUAUUUGCUAAAGAUUGAAGUAAGUUAGUUAGUUAUUUGUGUAAUUAUUCUUCAGCACACUGUCAAAAAUAUUGUUAAUCCUAUACAAAUUUUAACUAAGUAAUUAUAGUCAUGAUAAAGAAAAGCAAAGCAGAGGAAUAUGAAUCAACCAACCAUCUAAAACUGUACAAUCAAGUAAAAUUACUUAAGGUACCUAAUUAAAUGCUUUUUUCUUUCCCAAAAUUUUUUGUGUAGGCAUUGUGAUUACAUUGAGUUUAACCCAGGCAUUGAAAUAUUUAUAGAUAAGUGAUCAUGUGUUAAGAAAAAAAUUAACUAUAUUGUGAUCAGUAUUUUUUUAACUUCUGUAGAUACUGUGUGUUGCUUUAAUUUAUUACAUACUGUGUAGAUUUAAUAGUAACCUUAGAUUUAUGUAUUUUUAUGAGUGAUGAAAAGUUAAAAAGUUGUUAAAAUUCUACAACUACAUUUUGUAACUAGAUAAUUUUGAUUAGAAAAUUUAUGCUCUGAAGGUACCAUACCUUAGAUUGUAUGCAGCAUGUGCCGUCCAGUGAAACUUUUUAACUGUUCGUCAUUCACAACUGUUAAAAGUUAACUAUACCUUCAAGAAUCUUUAUGACUUAGAAGGAGUUGUUUGUUCUUUGUGAUUGUGAAGACUUUUCACUUUUUUCUCAGGUACAAAGUGCUUUUUUAAAGAAAAUAAUAAAAAUAAUAUUGUGUAAUUUUGUGACUGUAUUUAUAUGUAUAUUUAUGUGGAUGUGUCAGUUGAUGUAAGUGUUUGACAUCUCUCUCACCCCCCACCACGAAGUGACUAAACUCCAUGUUCUGCCAGCUGCCAGAGAUAUCAGGCAGUAUCAUGUACAACUUUAAGCAAACAUGCUCCUUUCUAAAGUUUCACUCUGCCAAGUCUCUAUGGUCCUGUUCUCAAGCACGUACAGAUAACUUUCUGUUCGUACAAGCUAUUUGUUUUGUGAAAAUAUGCUGUAAUGGUAAUAACAGUAUGGUUCAAAUAACAUUCAAACCUUAUAACAUAUUUUUCUAGAUAUUACGUCAGAGAAUAGCAAGAAUUAGAGACUGGCACUCGGCUUACUGGACUGUGAAAUGUGAAAAACAGCUGAUUAGAUAUUUAUAAUGUUUUUCCUUGCUUGGAGCAUCUCUUAAAGAUAAUAAGAUAAUGUCAAAAUUUUUUUAGAUUUGUGCUUGACUUUGUUAUUUACAUUUUGCCAGCAAUGAAUUGUAUCGUAUCGUGAAAAAAAUCAUUGUAAUUUAAAUUUGUGUUAUGUUUAUAUAAUGAAUUAUAAAGUUUUUUAGUUUUUAAGGUCUUAAUAAGUUCCUUCAAAUACCAAUGUGGGCAUCUUGAAGUGGUUUUUGUAGUUUAUGGGAUAAUAUUUUAUGUAAUCAUUCACUGUUAUAAUCCACCAUAUAUCUACAUCACACAUAUCAUAAAUGAUCAACCAAUCAUGUGAACAAGGUCGACAGCAGUAAUCAAACGUGAGGUGGUGCCAGAUUACUCCAGCAUUCAAUGGCUCAGCACAUUCUGUAGAGACCUUUCUGCUAUCAGGAAUCUUAUUUGUAACAAAAUGCUUAUAUUUAAUUUGAUUUUAGCAUAAAUAUAUUGUUUUUAAUUAAGCUUAGAAAUCUGUGCUCAUUUCAAAUGUGUGGCUGUACUAAACUGUAAUUGGUUUUACAUUUUCCCCAUUGGGAGCAAAUGAAAACAAACUUGAGUGAUUGACAGAAGUAUUCAAUUAAUAUCUAGGAAGUGAGAUGAUAUUUGUAGGCCAAGUGAUACUUACUGUGGCACACCUGUGAACCCAGUUUCUAGGUAAACAUGCUUGUAGCAUGUGUGUUAUGCAAGUUAUUUCAAAAAUGGCUGUGGAUUCUAAUGUUGUACAUAUAUAUAAAAUGUGAGAAGUUCAAGAAGGUUCAUUAAAGCUUGCAGAUGAAAACCUGAUUGUAACAUAACUAGUGGCCAUAAUUAUAUUAAGAAUUUAUGUAAAUGAAAGAGUACUUUUGGAAAUAAAAUAUUAUUUGGAA